AUGUCUCCUAAGGAAGACAUAUCGGAAAAAUGGCGCGAAAUUCAAGGUGGUUAUGGUUGGGACAAUCUUCUUGAUCCUCUUCACCCGUGGCUUCGACGAGAGAUUGUGAAAUAUGGAGAGUUCGCGCAAGCAACGUAUGAUGCCUUCGAUUUUGAUUCAUUUUCGGAGUAUUGUGGGAGUUGUAGAUAUAAUGAAAAUAGAAUUUUUGAUAAAUUAGGCCUUAAUAAGCAUGGCUAUAAGGUGACUAAGUACAUUUAUGCUAUGUCACAUACAGAUUUGCCACGGUGGCUUGAGAGGUCUCACUUGAUGGACAAAUGGAGCAAAGACUCAAAUUGGAUGGGAUUCAUAGGAGUCAGUGAUGAUAAUGAGUCCAGACGAAUCGGACGAAGAGAUAUAGUUGUGGCAUGGCGUGGUACGGUGUCACCAUCAGAGUGGUACAACAAGUCUAGUGCCUCAGAACAAGUUAUGAAAGAAGUGAAGAGGCUAGUGCAAUUCUACAAUGCAAGAGGUGAAGAAGUGAGCCUUACAAUCACUGGUCAUAGCCUAGGAGGUGCAUUGGCUCUCCUUUCUGCUUAUGAAGCUGCUUCCUCUCUCCCUGGCCUUCAUGUUAGCAUUAUAUCAUUCGGUGCGCCUAGGGUUGGGAACAUAGCUUUUCGAGAUGAGUUGCACCAAAUGGGAGUAAAAACACUGCACGUUGUAGCUAAGCAAGAUUUAGUCCCUCGCAUGCCAGGGCUUGUUUUCAAUGAAAGCCUACAGAAGUUUGAUGACAUAACCGGAACACUAGACUGGGUUUACACACAUGUUGGAGCUGAAUUGAAGCUUGAUGUAUGGUCAUCUCCUUAUCUCAAACGCGAAUUUAACGUCUCAGGGUUCCAUAUGUUGGAGACUUACCUUCAUCUAGUAGAUGGGUUCCACAGUAAAACCUCAACAUUUAGGUCUGAUUCUAGAAGGGACGUUGCUUUGCUGAACAAGACCUGUGACAUGCUUGUGGAUGAACUGAGGAUUCCUCAUUUUUGGUACCAGCCAGCCAACAAGGGAUUAGAAUGCAAUGAACAUGGCAGGUGGGUUAAACCCAAAGAGACCCAGAAGACAUAA